AUGGAGGGCGGCGGCUCCGUGUCCAACGUGGAGCUCUGCAACUUGGCCUACACGGGGCAGCUGGACGAGGUGAAGGAGCGCCUGGCCGCCAACCGGAGCUUGGCGACGCGCGCGGACCAGGAUAACAGGACAGCCCUGCACUGGGCAUGUUCAGCUGGACAUGCGGACAUUGUCAACCUUUUGCUCGAUCUGGGAGUUCCUGUUAAUGACAAAGAUGAUGCUGGCUGGACUCCUCUGCAUAUUGCAGCAUCAGCUGGCCGAGAUGAAAUUGUGAAAGCUCUGAUCAAGAAAGGUGCCCAGGUGAAUGCUGUCAAUCAGAAUGGCUGCACUCCUCUGCAUUAUGCAGCCUCUAAAAAUAAGCAGGAGAUCGCAAUAAUGCUGUUAGAGAAUAAAGCUAACCCAGAUGCAAAGGAUCACUUGGAAUCAACUCCGCUCCAUCGAGCAGCAUCCAAAGGAAAUCUAAAAAUGAUACAGAUCCUUUUGAAGCACAAAGCCUCUGUCAAUCUACAGGAUUCAGAGGGAAAUACCGCUCUCCAUUUAGCCUGCGACGAAGAGAGAGCAGAUGAAGCCAAGCUCUUGGUGUCCCAUGGAGCAAGUAUCUAUAUUGAGAACAAAGAAGAAAAGACACCGCUGCAAGUAGCGAAAGGGGGCCUGGGUUCCAUCCUCAAGAGGCUGGUUGAAGGAUAACAAUCGUC